GGGCGGGCAGACGCGGAGGGCAGAAGAGCUUCCUGCGGGGCCUGCCCUUGGCCGGCUGCGGCCGCGGCCCCAGCAGCGAGCGACUACCCUGGGGCCGAAAGUGGCACGUUUACGUGACGGACGCCUCCGCCCGGGUCGGGCUUGGGCUCCCGCUUGCGGGCUCCUGUGCUGCCUGGGGUCUUUCGUGCCGCCACUCCCUGGGGGCGGGGCUCCGUGUUAAGGGUAUAGUCCAGUGCCGCCCGGUUUUUAAAGGCCGGCCCAGCCCUUUUGUUAGUAUUGUCUUCUCCAUCCUUUACCUUGGCUGUAGCACCUUUAGGUUAAGAAAGCAUCCGGAACAUUUAAAAUAAUUAUUUUAAUGUGCCUCGUGUUCUACCGGCAAACUGAGAUUCUAUUCUCAAUUUUUUUGGGUAACGCCAAUUCGUUUUUCCUCUGGUUGAAUUCAGUAUUCAAUCAAUUGGUAAAAAUUAAUUUUGUUCCAUUGCCUUCUUUUAAAUAAGCUGUGAUUGUAGAGCAGUGGUUUCCAGUUUUUUGUUACCAGCUUUUUCCUAUCAAUGUCAGAAAUCCUUUGUGUCUAAACAUUGCCUGAAUUUCUCUUACCCAGCCGGCCCCACAAUCUUUAUUCCCUAACUUGCAAAACCAGCAGCAACUUUCAGUGUCAUUUUGCUUAUUUCAGGACAAAAUUCCUUAAGCCAUACAGCCUAUCCACAGCCCUUGGCAGCCUACUCCAGAAAUACUCCUUUCAAAGAAAAAAGGCCCAUCAGGUGUUGGGGAAAGAAAAAAUCCUGUUUGCUGUUUGGAAAAUGGGCUGGAAAAGAGAAAGAAGUGGGAGUCCAUGUAGAAAACUGUUGGCAGAAGCCCAGAGCACCUUGUGAGAAUCAGGUACUGGUGGAAGAAACUCAAGAGACUGUGAGGCCUGAGUGGUCAAAGUCGUCAUAGUUCCAGUUGAAAUCCAUGAAGACAGGAGGGAAUGGGCCAGGGAGAAAGAUGCGGGCCUGGAGUCUUUAUGAGAAAGAGUAUUUUCAAACCAGUGCCUGGGGCCAACCAGAAUGCUGAGUGACCCAGGUGUCUGGGUGGAGACCUGAGCUGGGAGAAGGAAGACGCUCGUGGAAGGAAAUUACAGGGGAUAACAGUAUGGAAAAGAUAGCCCAGGACAGCAGAAAAGGUGCCCCCCACAGAGCAGUGCCCCCAGCUGUGGGGCUGCUCUUCUCCAUGGCCCUCAUGAACACGCUCCUCUACUUCUGCCUUGAUUGGUUUUUCAUCUCCCGUCCACGCUCUGCUCCCAGCUCUGCUCACUGUCCCCACGGACACUUCAGAAUGGGACAGAUGAAAAACUGUUCACCGUGGCUGUCCUGCAAGGAGCUGAGGACCGAAGUGAGGCAGUUGAAGCGUGUUGGAGAAGGAGCUGUGAAGAGAGUCUUUCUGUCUGAGUGGAAGGAACGCAAAGUCGCGCUCUCACGGCUCACCAGUCUGGAGAUGAAAGAUGAUUUCCUGCAUGGGCUGCGAAUGCUGAAAACCCUGCAGAGUAAACAUGUUGUCACCUUGCUUGGAUACUGUGAGGAGGACAACACUAUUCUUACCGAAUAUCACCCCUUAGGUUCCUUGAGCAAUCUGGAAGAAACGCUCAACCUUUCCAAGUACCACAGUGUGAACACGUGGCAGCACAGGCUGCAGCUGGCCAUGAAUUACGUGGCCAUCAUCCACUACCUGCACCACAGCCCCCUGGGCACCCUGGUCAUGUGCGAUUCCAGUGACCUGCCCAAGACCUUGUCCCAGUAUCUGCUGACGAGCAACUUCAGCAUUGUGGUAAACGACCUGGACGCCUUGCCCCUGGUGAACCACAGCUCAAGGACGUUUGUGAAGUGUGGCCACAGGGAGCUUCACGGGGACUUUGUGGCUCCAGAGCAGCUGUGGCCCUAUGGAGAAGACAUGCCUUUUGACGAUGAUCUCAUGCCCUCAUAUGAUGAGAAGAUCGACAUCUGGAAGAUUCCAGAUGUCUCUAGUUUCCUUUUGGGGCACGUUGAAGGAAGUGAUAUGGUCCGAUUUCAUUUGUUUGAUAUUCAUAAGGCGUGUAAGAGCCAGACUCCUGCAGAAAGACCCACUGCUCGGGAAAUUCUAGACACUUAUGAGAAGGUUUUGAAUCUGCUCAGAGAAACUGUGAUGUCCCAGACAAGAGAAAUGCUAUGAAAACCAUUCAGUCAGUGAAGAAUGGGUUUCAAAGAACAAAUGGAAUCAUUAUAGCAAUUCUUACUCUAAUGGUGAGUUUUUUGCUGUUCAGUGUGUGGUUCUUCCUCUGUAUCCACAUCCACAUGCACGUGUGAGCGUUGCUUAUCCCUUGGUGGGACCUGGGAAGAUGACUCACCUUCUCACACUGAUCACUCCUGCUGAACUUGAGAAGCAGUGGAUCUAGCCAUAUCUGAAGGAGGUAACAAAAAUGUCACCACAUAGGGGCUUCACCUGCCCUAAUUACUGAAUUUGUAAACUUGUAAGAAACAUAUAAAGAAAAGAUCCGUAAAUGGCAGGAUAUGAAAGAAAUGUACAGUGGUUUUCCAAAGAAGUUUUUUUCCUCAUUUUUUUAGAUAAUAGUCAACAUUACCAGGGUCAUGGGAGUAUUUGUGGCCUGUCAACAUCACAUGGUAUUGAUGAGGCCAUCUUUACUGUUUUAAAUGAUUGUUUAAGUGUUUACUUUAAUGAAUGUGAAGCUCUUGUGCCAUCCUCUUUACAAAAAUCUAAAGGAGAACUAUGAUAGCUUGCUCUUUGAAAUUUUGAAUGGACAAGGAAUAUUUAGAACAGCAAGUAUGAGGGAAAUUGUAUUUAUGUUACUGCCUUGGAUGGUGUUUGUGAAAUUCCUAUUUACCUUCCAGCUAGGUUUUCUGUGUCCAAAAUAAAUUAUUGUGAACAGUUUA